AUGGCAGCAAAUUUUUGGGCUUCUACACAUUGUCAUAAUUGGUUACUUAGCAAACAGCAACUUUUGGAUAGUAGACAAGAAGAUUUAAAAUAUAUAAGUCAAAGUGAAUUGUAUAAAUUAAAUAUAUGGUUUGCUUAUGUAAUGACAGAACUUGGUAGGCGAUUAAAUGUAAGACAGGUUAUCAUAUCAACAGCAAUUACAUACUUUAAAAGAUUUUAUGUAAAAAAUUCAUAUAGAAAUACUGAGCCAAUGUUAGUAUUGACAGCGUGUAUGUAUUUAGCAAGUAAAAUUGAAGAAUUUCCACUUCAUAUUAAGACGGUUAUUGCUGAGACAAGAGGACUUAAAAUAAAUGGAUUUACUUAUGACAAUCAAAAAGUAGCAGAAAUGGAAUUUUAUUUAUUAGAAGAGUUGAAUUUUAAUAUGGUAGUUUUUCAUCCCUAUCGUUCACUUAUUCAAAUUUCAAAAGAUUUUGGAACAAAACAUGAAGAUGUUAAAAUGGCAUCUUAUAUAAUAAAUGAUACAUAUAGAACAGAUUUAUGUUUAUCAUAUCCACCAUACGUUAUUGCAAAUUAA